AUGGAAGGCGCGGCGGGUGAUCCGUACCGGCGGCCGGCGCGGCGUACCCAGUGGCUCCUGAGCGCCCUGGCACAUCACUACGGUCUGGACCGCGGCGUGGAGAACGAGAUCGUGGUGCUGGCCACCGGCCUGGACCAGUACCUGCAGGAAGUCUUUCAUCACCUGGACUGCAGGGGAGCCGGCCGCCUGCCGCGCGCCGACUUCCGCGCGCUCUGCGCGGUGCUGGGGCUGCGCUCCGAAGGACCGGACGCCCGGGACGCGGCCGCCGAGGAUGAGAACUCCGCGAAGGCGACGGCCACCGAGGACUCAGUCGCUGGGGUAGCCGGCCGUGGCGAUGAUGGCGAUGACGACGCGGACUUGGACGAGGAGGCGCGCGUGGCUCUGCGCGCCGAGCCUCUGGAACUCACCUUCCGCCAGUUCCACGCGCGCCUCUGCGGCUACUUCGGCUCCCAUGCGGGGCCCCGGCUGCCCCGCGGCGCCCUCAGCGAGCACAUCGAGACGCAGAUCCGCCUGCGCCGUCCGCGCCGCCGCCGUCGCCCUCCCGGAGCACCGCGCCCGGACGGUGACCCCGACGGCCAGCGCCUGGCGCGCCUGGAAGAGGAGAACGACAGCCUGCGCGAGCUGGUGGAGGACCUGCGCGCCGCCCUGCAGAGCAGUGACGCCCGCUGCCUGGCGCUGCAGGUUGGCCUCUGGAAGAGCCAGGGGGACGCCCCGGAGGCGGCGGCGCGGGAGCUGCAGCGAGCCCAGAGCGUGCUGGCCGACGCCGAGGCGCGCGCGGAAAGGCUGCAGCGAGGACAGGCGGAGGUGCGGCGGCGCGCGGAGGAGGCCCGCCGGGCCCUGCUGCGCAGCCUGCACCGCGUGCGCGAGCUGGAGGCGCUGGCCCGAAGCGUGCCCCGCCUGCAGCGCGCUGUGCACCGCCGGGAGGCUGAGCUGCGGCGCUACAGGUCAGAAGAGACUCAGUUCCCAAACCCCUCACAAGCUCACACACAGCCAGGAGACAAGAGUGUCGAAGCUGGGUCCAGUGGGGCCAGAGACCCACAUGCCGCUCCAGAGGACGCUUGGCAGUCAGACAGCAGCUGUGGGAGCAGAGCCCCGGAUGAAGGUCUAUCCCCACCUGCCAGCCUUGCAGAAGAUGAGCAGCUUUUCCGCUCUGUGGAAGGUCAGGCCGCCUCUGAGGAAGAGGAAGAGAAGGAGGAGAUGUGGCAGAAGGAGCAGAGAGCCUCGGAGACCCAGGCCAAGGAGAGGCUGGGGCUGCCCUCAGGCUGCAGGAGCAAGUGUGCUGACCAGAUGGCCAAGGAGCUCAGGACUUCCUUCAGCCACUGCAAUGGUGCUGACAACAGCUGCUACCUGGGGAAGCUAGAGGCCAGUGCCACCAGGCGGCGGAACCCCAGCUGUGACGGGAAGACUGUGAGGAUGGCUGAGGAGGAGGCAGAGCUACGGCAGACCGUGGAGACUGAGCAGCUAAGACUGGAACUGCAGAUGGUGGAGACGGAGCGGGUGCGGCUGUCCUUGCUGGAAGAAAAGCUGGUGGAUGUAUUGCAGCUGCUGCGGAGGCUCUGCCACCUGAACAUAUCAAAAAGAGCCCUGGGGAAGAUUGUGCUGAGUGCCCUGGACCAGGAUCCCACGCAGGAGGACACAGGUGGCCCCUCAGCCAUUCUGGACACCUUGCACCAAGCCUUGGCUGGCUGUGAGCUCCUUCAGAGACACCCCACAGCACAGGACUCCACAGCUCCUGCACUCUCCAACUCUCUCCUCAUCUCCUGCUGAGGUUGCUGGCCCAGCUUGGGGGCACCCGAGUCAUUUUAGCUGCCACCGGACUAGCCUGAUGAUGACCACCAUCAGACCAGCCUCCAUGGACAUGUGCAUGUGAGCACUGUUGGGCCAGUGUCCAUCAUCAUCCUGGUCACUGUCAGACUGCCCGCCACCUUCAGAACUCUCUCCACAUAUGGUCUGACCCUGUCACGUCCUCAGAUUCUGUAGGCCCAGGCUCCUAAGACUAGCAUUAGCAUCUCCCACUUCCUUGGGCCCCUCUUCCGUCCCCUCAGAGCCCCCACUUUAAACCCAGUGCAGCCCAGAAUCUCUUCCCUACAGGACCUCUCUUCCUCCCACCAAUGUGCCUGCUGCAACCAAGCCUUCAUGACACACCUGGUCUAAUGGAAAGCUCCCAUACCUCAGGAAGUGGUGAGAACUAGGAAUGAUGAUCGCUCCAAGGAGAAAGUGAACUCUGUAAACUUGUUGUUAGAAGUGGCUGUGAACUCGUCCUAAAGGAGAGGUGGGAUGUGGGUGGGCAAAAUGUGGAGGGAUGGAGCCAAAACAAAGGUGUGAACAGCAAGGGAACUCCUUAAUGUAGAAGUCAGGGCCCCUCCUUCCUCAGCAUGAUUUCAUGGGGUCCAGAAGAAGAGCUGGCUACUCCAAGCCUAAAGUCACACAGGAGAAAAGGAUGCCUGGCUAGUGGCAAUAUGUGAAGAAAUCAGUGCUACAUCAAAAAGUGUUAGGAGAGCUGGAGGGAUUGCUUAGUGGUUAAGGCGUUUGCCUGCAAAGCCAAAGGACCCGAGUUCGAUUCCCCAGGACCCACAUUAGCCAGAUGCACAAGGACACAAGUG